CAGUAGGGCAGCGCUCACAUGCAGCGCGCGCAUGCAGAAGUCAUUCCGAUGGCAAACGAGUCCACGCGCAGUCACCUGCCACUGAGAGCAGAGAGGAGGAGGAGGCAAGAGGAAGGAAGAUCAAGCAGCUCUACUACAGCAGCGUGACUGGAAAGGAAAGAAGGAGGGCGUGUGAAACGGAGCAACAGUUCUUGGCAUAGCUACAAUAACCCAAACAAUUGAAAGGGCAAAGAAAGGAGGGGGAACUCGUGGGGGGAAAGCUCAGUCACAUUUUUAAGACACCUGAAAACGUGCCCGGUGUUUAGUGUGAGGCUUGUUACACAGCUCUGCCUUGGAGAACGAUGCCAGUGCACUGGCUCUGACUGUUUUGAAGAAAAGAGCUACUGUAAUGCACGCGACACAGUCUUCAAGGACAUCUUUCAAAGAGUGAGGACGGCACAUUGCCCUGCUUACCUGAAGGACGUCUGGCAUUAGUGUCGCUUCUUCCUCGAGACAUUGCCUAACAGACUUCUUGAAGUUCUUACCUGUACGGACGGAAUUUGAAACACAGACCCGACUCCGAUACCUGCAUUUCCUUCAUCAACACCAGGAACAGGCACCAUGGACGGCAGUCCAGGUGGAGGAGUGAUCCUCUAUGCAGGCUCAACUGGAAGCGCCAGCCCCAGUCCAGGAAGCCCAUCCAGUGGAUACCAAACCCAAUCUCCAGCCUCUCAACCCUCAUCCCCGGAGGAGGUCUCUUUCACUGAGUUUGGUGACCUUAAUAAACAUCCAACUGGAAGCAAUGCCAGUUCUGCAGGGGGCAACAGACUGGUUUUCCAGUUUCCAGAAGUAAGCAGUGCUACCACUGUCAACCCUGUUACACCGAUGGUAACAUCAUCAGGGCAAAACACCUACUCUCACCCAGUAGUCGGCAGGCGACCAAGUAUGUUCACGGGUACCUUUACCAAAACAGGAGGUAUGGUGUUGCUCUGCAAAGUAUGUGGGGAUAUUGCAUCAGGAUUUCACUAUGGUGUCCAUGCAUGUGAGGGAUGCAAGGGUUUCUUCCGCCGCAGUAUCCAGCAGAACAUCCAUUAUAAGAUGUGUGUGAAGAAUGAAAACUGUCUGAUCAUGAGGAUGAACCGCAAUCGCUGUCAGCACUGUCGAUUUAAGAAGUGCCUCUCUGUCGGCAUGUCCAGAGAUGCUGUGCGAUUUGGGCGCAUUCCGAAGCGCGAGAAACAACGCCUACUGGACGAAAUGCAGAGUUACAUGAACAGCCUUAAUGAAUCAGCGUCCAUGGACAUCACCUGUACUACACCCACCGAGAGUCCUUCCAGCCCUGAAGAUGGCCAGUCAGAAGAGGCCAUCAGUGCUACCUCGCAAGCUUAUCACAAUAUCUUUGUGAACGGGGAGAAGUUGUUAGUGAAGAUUAACGAUGACGACAACAUCAAUAACAACAAUCCUUCUUCCUUCCGCCAUAAUCCAAUUCAAGAGUCCGGCUACUGCCAAUCCCGCCCUCAGCCAAGCAUCUCACCCCAAGAUCAUUCCAUCCAUUCCACAACAAGCUGUCUACCCCGAUCCAGAUGCCCAGUCGCCAACCACCACAGAAAACCGACAACCCGAGUUAUGGACAACAGUCACUAUAACUUCCCACAGUCUUCAAGUCCCAGUCAGGGAACUACACCUUCUCAAAGCUAUCCAUCGAAGCACAACAAUUAUUCCACUCAAACGUCUUGUCCUUGGAGACCGAGCCCUGGUGCUAAAGUUCUGGCAUGUCCUCUCAAUGCAUGUCCCAUCUCCCCAGCCAGUCACUCCAGUCAACAGGUUUGGGAGAGUUUUUCCCAGUGCUUCACUCCAGCUGUUAAAGAAGUGGUUGAAUUUGCCAAGAGCAUUCCAGGGUUUCAGGCCCUGAGUCAACAUGAUCAAGUCAUGCUGCUGAAGGCAGGAACCUUUCAGGUUCUAAUGGUGAGGUUCUGCUCGCUGUUUGAUGCCAAGGAGCGUACCGUAACAUUCCUGAAUGGUCAGACCUACCCGCUGGCAUCCCUGCGAGUGCUAGGCAUGGGCGGUCUUCUGGACGCCAUGUUCGAGUUCAGUGAGAAGCUGGGGAACAUGGGUCUGGAGGCCGAUGAGAUGGCCCUCUUCAUGGCUGUGGUGCUGGCUUCUGCAGAUCGUUCUGGUAUCUCAGAUGUGGGGGCCGUAGAGCAGCUCCAGGAGGAUUUGAUCGGCGCUCUUCGCGCUCUCAUCACUCGACGAAGGCCAGAGGACAGCUCACUCUUCCCCAAACUCCUGCUACGUCUGCCUGACCUCCGUACCCUCAACAACCAGCACUCCGAGAAACUCCUAGCCUUCCAUAUUGACCCCUGAGAACAGAAAGAGACAAUUACCUGACCUACCCAAGUCUACACAUUAAUAAGGGGUCAAAACAUAGAUUCAGGGUGCUCUUCUUGUACAAAUAAGCCAUGCAUAUUUCAGGAUAAACAUCUGAUUUUGACUAGCACUUACACAAACAACUGAGACUUGCUCCACCGCAAGAUAAAACUGACAUUGAACUUUUCCAAUGCAACAUAAGAGGAACAGAAUUAUGGAGCAGAUGCCGGACAUUUUGACUUUUCAGGAUUGUUUUCAAGAAAUGUAAAAACACGAAGAUGGUAUAGAUUUUGAGGUGAUGGCUGUUUUAUAACUAGAAUUAAUCUAGGCUCACAGUGCAAGAUCAUUGUGCAAGUUUUGGGACGUUCUAAGUAUUUUUCUCACUCCAGAUGCUAUGCAUUUAUCAUCAACCUUUCAGAUAAACUUCAGUUCAAUUGCACAAUUCAAUAAUUUCAUUAAACACAUUCUCUUUGUGGACCUUUAUAAAUAUUGUUUAUAUUUGUCAGGCAGUCAAAACCUUGGUUGUAAAAAACAUGUAUUAUAAUUGAAAUAUACUGUAUGAUAGUUUCUUAUAACUGUAUAAGACUAGUAUGUAUUAAUGUCAGGGACAAUGGGUUCUUUAAUGAAGAAAGGACUCCUUGAUGUCUAUUAAAGUGUUAAACCAACGUCAUUUACAACAGCUCUGCAUGGAUAUGGUUUAUUCUACCCUUUGCAGUUCAGAAUGUUCUGAAAGAGGAUGGUUUAGCAGCAAAAGUGGACUUUGCCAUUUCUACGCAAAUUCAAUUCAUUUAUUUCAUGUGCAUCUAAAUGUAUAUUUGGUAAAUGUAUUAUGCUUAUUUGGCAGAUUAUGUGAUAUUAAAAAAUUACCUUUCAAGUUU